AUGUGGAUGAUUUAUUUAACAGUCACGAUAUUGUCUGUCAUACAGAUUCACUGUGCUGCAGGAUGUACUAUUCAGUCAGCAACCUCUCCAACCGCAUCCUCACUAAUUGUAAAGUGGAAUCCUGUUUCUGGUGCAACCACUUAUCGGCUGGAGCUGAGGGUUAUUAACUCAACCAAUAUAGCAGCAGUGAUUGCGACCGUGAACAGCCCCAGUACACAGAAACAGGUCUAUGGUUUGAGACCAGGAAAUCCUUAUGAAGUUACACUCAAGGCGCUAUCCUUCUUUACUAUCAUAACGACAUGCAAAUUCAAAAGCAUGACAGUACCUGACAUCGUUCAGUUUACGUAUGCUGAGGCCCUCACCAGUUCAACAAUCAGAUUUGAAUGGGACAAUAUCGUUGGAGUAGUAAACUACACACUGCAUGGAAAGCAGGUGCCCGUUUCAAGUAGUACAUUUGUGCAGGUUUUCUCCUCUUCUUCUGGAGAAGUGAACAAUCUUGCCCCCUCCACCUCAUAUGAAUGCUACAUCAUAGCAUCAAAUGAUGCUGGAAGUGGUGCUGCAGGGCCAACCAGGACCAUCACAACACUGAUACCACCUCCAGCUAAUGUGAGCGCUACAUCAGCAGAAAAAAGCACAGUCCUUGUCACAUGGGAAGCUCGGGAUGGAGUUUUAAUGUACCAAGUGACUGUCACUGAUACUGAUCCUAGCCACGACCCUGUAAUCAGCAAGACUUCAGAAACAUCUUUAAUAAUUAGUAAUUUAGAACCAUGCUCAAACUACACUUUGGGGGUCUCGUCCCUUAAUGCAUUCUCAAUACCCGGAGAGCCCAACCAAGUGUCACAUAUAACCUCUUCAAUAAAUCCUGUCACAACAAUCACAAAAGUCUACAGCUGCGCCACAGCCACAGUAACGGUGACGUGGGACAUGGUAUUUGGGGCCAACUCCUACAGGGCAGACGUGACCGAUGGAAAUGGAGAAAGCCUUAACUGCACGUCAACGUCCAAUAACUGUGAUAUCAGUGCGCUAAAAUGUGGAGAGAAGUACACUGUACACGUCACGGCUAUUUCCAAUGACUGUCACAGCACCUACACCCUCCCCGACAAGUUUGACACAGUCCCGUGCGCUCCAGCGAAUCCCACCACUGAAUACACCUGUUUCAAAAACGCCAUAAACUACAAAUGGGAACCAACAAACAACACAAAGUUUUACAUGGCUCAAUCUACGGACCAGAACGGCAUUGUCAAACCAUGUAUGACAAAGGCCAACUAUUGCUACUUCACCGAUAUGCAGUGUGGGAACAAUUACACGUUCACUGUGAAGGCCGUCUCCAGUGACUGCAACAGCGAGGUUACUGAACCAAGAAGUGUACAAACAGGUCCUUGCGAACCUGCAAACAUACAAACCACAGUGGAAUGCACUUCAGGGACGCUGACAACAACCUGGGAUGCUGCCGCUGGAGCUCAGUCCUACAAGGUCAGGAACUUAGGAAAUGACAAGAGUUAUAACUGCAGCACUUCAAACAACAGCUGCAUCAUCGAGGACGUCCUAUGUGGGGAACAUUUCACUGUGUGGGUCAGUGCCACUAAUGAGGCGUGCACCACAGAAGAAGUGCUGGGAGAAGUGGCUCAAACUGGCCCAUGCCCACCCACCAACGUAUCUGUCUCAAAUGACUGCAGCCCAGAUACGGGAACAGUAAAGUGGACCCAAAGCAAAGGAGUGGUUUUUUACAUUGUCAUUGCAGAAGAUUCCACAGGGAAAGAAUACAGCUUCUUCUCUCUGGAAUCAGAGCUAAAUAUGACAGACCUGGCAUGUGGAGCAACAUACGAUGUCAUAGUUAUGGGAAACAAUUUCAAAUGCAACAGUUCUUCCACCGACAGCAUCAGCUUUCAAACAGCACCCUGUCCUCCAACAAAUGUCGUCGGAGAGAGAAAUUGUACCAACAAGGAGGCUUUAAUAACGUGGGACCAUCAGGCCACAGGGUCUUACACAGCGAUCAUUGAAGACAAGCAGAAUGGAGACAAACUCAAUUGCACCAGCAAUAAUGAAAAGUCCUGUAUUAUUUCCUCUCCUCCUUGUGGAAAGACUUACUCUGUUACAGUCACCUAUGACUUUGGAAACUGUUCCUCAGCAUCAACAGCUGUCACCAUGGACUCUGGACCCUGUCCACCUCAGAACGUGAAUGCGACUCUCCAGUGUGGAUCUAAAACAGCAAAUGUGACUUGGGACCAAAGGCCAUAUGAUGAGGAGUAUACCGUGAGUGCAAUCCAGCAGUCGGAUGGAGCAGAGAGCUAUUGCAACUCAACGUCUUCAAACUGUGAAUUCAACAAUCUGCCCUGCGGAGAGACUUUCAAUUUUACAGUUGAAGCUCUCAGCAAUGGCUGCUACGGUCAGGCCAGCAGCUCUGUGUCCACCAAGACAGAACCUUGUGUUCCUGCUAAUCUUUCUGCAACCUACACUGUGGGCGUGGCCCAGGUAACAUGGGAAGGAGCUAAAGCAUUCAAUGAUGCUUGUGACGGAGGAGUUACCUCUGAGCAGAUACAACAAAAAACAGAACCCUGUCCACCCACCAAUGUCCAGGCAAAUAUGGAAUCUUUUUUCCUCAAUGAAAACAACCACAACGCUUCUUGCCAAGCUGCAAGUACAGAAAGCUCUUGUGAGGUCACAGGGCUGGAGUGUGGUACAGUGUACACCGUCUGUGCUGUGGCCAAAGGGAAUCCAAUUGACAGUUCCCCAAGCAAUGAAAAAUCUGUAACAACAGAGCCAUGUCAGCCGAGCAACAUCAAUGUGACUGUGGAUUGUGAAGACAAAGUUGCCACUGUAUCUUGGCAACCGAGCCAAGGUGCCCAGUCUUAUGUUACUGAACUCAGGACAUCAGACCAUAGUCAUGUCUGCCACAGCAACAACAGUAGCUGCCAGCCAAGCCAUCUGCACUGUGGAGAGGAAUAUAAUGUAAGUGUGACAGCCGUGGGAGAAAGCUGUAACACCACUGGCCGCAUGGCAUCAAACGUCUACACAGAACCCUGUGAGGUCAAAGGUGUGUCAGUGAACUACACCGUGGGCAAUGCUCUGGUGCAAUGGAAUGGAGCUGAAGGAGCCACCUCUUUCUCAGUGGAAGCAGUGAGUGACCAGGGAGAUUCUUUGGGUUGCAACAGCAGCACCACUCAGUGCAAUGUGAGUGGUCUGCAGUGCAGUAAACUCUACAAUGUGACCGUGUCAGCGUACAACCAGGCCUGCGACAGCCAGGGCGUCAAGUCUGACCCAGAGCCCUUCAUCACCGCGCCCUGUUAUCCCAAGAACAUCAGCGUCCAGGUGAACUGCAGUUCAGAUGGAGAGGCCACACUGUCCUGGACUGCAGAUGCUGGUGCCAAUGUCUCUGUCACAUCUGUGGUUGGUGGAAAUCCAACAACUCUGUGUUCUACUCAGCAAAACAGUUGUGUUGUAACAAGUCUGAGCUGUGGACAAACGUACAGCCUCAACGUCACUGCAACCAACGACCAAUGCAGCGUCACUGCGUCCACUCGGCCCAGCCUGAACACGCGACCCUGUCCACCUCAGAACGUGAAUGCGACUCUCCAGUGUGGAUCUAAAACAGCAAAUGUGACUUGGGACCAAAGGCCAUAUGAUGAGGAGUAUACCGUGAGUGCAAUCCAGCAGUCGGAUGGAGCAGAGAGCUAUUGCAACUCAACGUCUUCAAACUGUGAAUUCAACAAUCUGCCCUGCGGAGAGACUUUCAAUUUUACAGUUGAAGCUCUCAGCAAUGGCUGCUACGGUCAGGCCAGCAGCUCUGUGUCCACCAAGACAGAACCUUGUGUUCCUGCUAAUCUUUCUGCAACCUACACUGUGGGCGUGGCCCAGGUAACAUGGGAAGGAGCUAAAGACCAUAGUCAUGUCUGCCACAGCAACAACAGUAGCUGCCAGCCAAGCCAUCUGCACUGUGGAGAGGAAUAUAAUGUAAGUGUGACAGCCGUGGGAGAAAGCUGUAACACCACUGGCCGCAUGGCAUCAAACGUCUACACAGAACCCUGUGAGGUCAAAGGUGUGUCAGUGAACUACACCGUGGGCAAUGCUCUGGUGCAAUGGAAUGGAGCUGAAGGAGCCACCUCUUUCUCAGUGGAAGCAGUGAGUGACCAGGGAGAUUCUUUGGGUUGCAACAGCAGCACCACUCAGUGCAAUGUGAGUGGUCUGCAGUGCAGUAAACUCUACAAUGUGACCGUGUCAGCGUACAACCAGGCCUGCGACAGCCAGGGCGUCAAGUCUGACCCAGAGCCCUUCAUCACCGAGCCAUGUCCACCCUCCAACGUCCAGGCCACUGUGUCAUGCGAAACAAUGGAAGCAACAAUUAACUGGAAUCAAAGCAAUUUUGCAGAAGGUUACGUGGCACGCAUUAACAGCACAGAAGGGAGCAGUAGAUAUUGUAGCGCAGCGCGCACAGACACUUCUUGUGUGAUCUCUGACCUGGUGUGUGGCUUGGUCUACAGCGCCUCUGUGAUAGCAACAGGCAACCAAUACAACAGCUCGGAGAGUACUGCCAUUACUUUCUCCUCAGCGCCCUGUUAUCCCAAGAACAUCAGCGUCCAGGUGAACUGCAGUUCAGAUGGAGAGGCCACACUGUCCUGGACUGCAGAUGCUGGUGCCAAUGUCUCUGUCACAUCUGUGGUUGGUGGAAAUCCAACAACUCUGUGUUCUACUCAGCAAAACAGUUGUGUUGUAACAAGUCUGAGCUGUGGACAAACGUACAGCCUCAACGUCACUGCAACCAACGACCAAUGCAGCGUCACUGCGUCCACUCGGCCCAGCCUGAACACGCGACCCUGUCCACCUCAGAACGUGAAUGCGACUCUCCAGUGUGGAUCUAAAAUAGCAAAUGUGACUUGGGACCAAAGGCCAUAUGAUGAGGAGUAUACCGUGAGUGCAAUCCAGCAGUCGGAUGGAGCAGAGAGCUAUUGCAACUCAACGUCUUCAAACUGUGAAUUCAACAAUCUGCCCUGCGGAGAGACUUUCAAUUUUACAGUUAAAGCUCUCAGCAAUGGCUGCUACGGUCAGGCCAGCAGCUCUGUGUCCACCAAGACAGAGCCAUGUCAGCCUGAGAUCCUGGAUUCCAUCGCUACAUGUCAAAGUGAAGAUGUCAAAAUCUUUUGGAAAUCAGCAAGCGGAGCCCAAGAUUACAUUGUUAAAGCCACUGGGGAUCUUGGCCCCAUGUGCGAUAGUCCCAAAAGCAGCCCGUCAUACGUCAAAACCACUCCUUGUAUUCCUCAGAAUGUGGUGGUUAAAGAACAGUGCACUUCAAAUUUGGUGUCAUGGAGUCCAAGUAAUGGCACUACAGGAUACAACGCCACAGCUACGAGUCUAGGUGGCCAGGUGCUCAUAUGUAUCACAAAUGUUACAUCCUGCACCUGGGACAACUUGCAAUGUGGAGAACAGUACAAUGUGACAGUGGAGGCUUAUGAUGACUCUUGCACUAGCCUACCUAGUGAUACUGCUGUCAUCCACAUGAGUCCAUGUGUGCCACAGAAUUUGGUUCCUUCCGUAGACUGUAAUUCAGAAGUGGUUUCUCUAACCUGGAGCCAGUGUUUGAAUACGUUGCAGUAUAACGUCACAGCUCAGGCAGACAGCAAAGUAGUCACCAUCACUGUAUCUCAAACCAAUGCAUCCUUCCUGAGUCUGAGCUGUGGAAAAACAUACAAUCUCACUGUCACCCCUCUUAACGACGAGUGUCCGGCGACGCCUGCAACCACCACUGCACAAACAUGGCCAUGUUCUGUUACUGGAGUGUCUACAUCCUACGACUGCUUAGGAACUACCACAGUAACCUGGCAGACGAGCGCUGGAGCAGAUAAUUACACUGCCACCAUGAUCUCGGACUCUGGUCUUUCUUACAACUGCACUUCUCAGUCCACCUCAUGCCCUGUUAGUCAGCUGCCCUGUGGACAAAACUUCUCUGUAUCUGUCACAGCUUCAAAUGCAGCGUGCACAGUGACCUCUACAGAACCAAUUCAUCAAAUCACAGCACCAUGUGAUCCCAUGAACCUUCAGACGGUGAUGAAUUGUGCCAUGGACUCAGCAGCAGUGUCAUGGAAUGCUAGCAUGGGGGCGGACAAUUAUACAGUGACAGGACAAAGCUCUGCACACAAUGUUUCUUCAAGGGACAUUGCAUGCUCCAGUGCACAGACUCAGGCACAGACACUGGAUACUGCACCCUGCCCACCUGAAAAUGUUGAUGCCAUCAUUGACUGUGAAACAAACGACCUGAAUGUUACAUGGGCUUCAUCAGCUCAAGCGCAGCGCUACCUGGUUUCAGUCACUGCUCAAAGCGGAGGCUCUAAUGAAACCUGCAACACCACAAACACGUUCUGUACUUUCAGCAACGUGACCUGUGGAAAUACUUUUGUUGCUCAAGUCAUCUCUGUCAGAGACUCCUGUCAGAGCCAGCCCAGUCUGACUGCAUCUGUUGUGUCAAAGCCUUGUAGACCUAAGGUUCCAGAUAUAGACAAGUCUUGUAGGGAUGCGCAGGUGUCCUGGACCCUUUCUCCAGUUGCAGACAUGUAUUGUGUAGUUGCGAUCGUAGAUGAUGGACACACGCAUACUUGCAACACUACAUUUGAUAACUGCACAUUGUCCCCCCUCCACUGUGGCCAGCAUUAUUCAGUUACUGUGACGGCAAGCAACGAGAACUGCUCCAGCCUCCCCAGCCCUGAAGCAACGCUUUACACAGGUCCUUGUAAACCAGAGAAUGUCUCGGUGGCAUAUGACUGCCGUGGACCAUCUGCAUUGCUCACUUGGAACGAGAACAAUAAUGCAGUAGGCUAUUAUGCUUCUGCUGUGGAUGACAAUGGAAACAUGUUGAACUGCUACAAUGCUUUGCCUAACUGUUCUUUCAAGGGUCUUCAGUGUGAACGAAAAUACAAUUUCACUGUAAUGGCCACAGAUGGGACUUGCAAUAGUUCCUAUAGUGAUCCAGUGGAUUCUGUGGGUGCAGUGUCUUGUCCUCCAGAGAACAUUACUGUACAAUUAUUACCACAAAUGGAUGACAAUCAGAUACUGUUUGUGAGCUGGUCCUCAACCAGCUGCGGCAGCACAGAAUACUCAGUGAGCCUAAGGGGGAACUUGUUGGGAGACGAUCAGUUCCGAUUUGAUAUGUCAUCUUACUGGAUCUCAGAGCUGUACUUCGAGCUGCCCCUGCCCUGCAGUUCAGAGUAUAAUGCCACAGUGGAGAGCAUGAAUAGUGCUGGAACCAGUGGCCCAUCCGUAACUGUUGCAGGAACAACAGCUCCUUGUCCUCCAUCGUCCGGGAGCUUCAUUCACAGUGGUUCAGACGUCAAUGUUGUUUGGGCAGCAUCCCCAUUGGCCAACACUUACACAGUUUAUGAAAUCAGUACUUUACCCCGGGCUGCACUGUGCACAAAGAAUGCUCCAAACUGCACAAUAUCCAAUCAUGUCCCUGUAAACCUGGUGGUCACAGCCAGUAAUGAAGGGGGUGAGAGUGUAGAAACCUCUAUUACAGGUGCCAUCUAA